AAGAGGCUGGGGUGGGUAUCUCCCAGUUGUCCAGCAGGAGUCAUAGUCACUCUAACACCCGCUCAGCCCAACUCCGAACUCGUCAGCAUCUGCACCACAACAGAUAAUAUGAAUAAGAAUUUUAAGUGGGUUGAGCGAGGGUACGGCAAGAACAGCAUAAAACUGCUGCAUGUACGUCGUGACAGCGCCGUGCACUCCAUCAAGGAGUUCGUGGUCAGUACCCAGCUCACCUUGGCCUCUGACAAGGACUACAUUCACGGCGAUAAUGCCGAUGUGGUGGCCACCGACUCCCAGAAGAACACCGUCUAUAUCCUGGCCAAGAAGCACGGGGUAACGUCCCCGGAAGACUUCGCGCUGCUGCUGUGCUCCCACUUCCUUGCUAAGUACCCUCACGUGCAAGAGGUGGUCAUUACCGUGGAUGCUUAUCCGUGGCGCCGUCAGGUGGUGGAAGGCCGCGCCCACAACCACUCCUUCAUCUACUCCCCUGAGUGUCUGCACACUUGCAAAGUAGACCAGAAGCGUGGAGAGGAGCCGCUGGUCACCACGGGAUUGGAAGGGAUGCGGGUACUCAAGACGACCCAGUCCGCCUUCGUCAACUUCGUUAGCGAUGAAUUCCGCACCUUGCCUGACAUGAAGGACCGCAUCUUCUCGACCAUCGUGUCAUCCUCUUGGCAAUAUAACAAACACAAGGGCGUCGACUUCGGCAAGAUCUGGGUGACGAUACUGAAGAUAAUCAACGAUAAGUUUUCUGGACCGCCUGAUACCGGCAUCUUCUCCCCCUCCGUCCAGAACACUGUUCACCUCAUCCAGCAGGCCGCGCUAACAGACGUUCCGGAGAUAUCCCAGAUCAAGGUGACGAUGCCCAACAAGCAUUACUACACCGUCGACUUGAGCAAGUUCAAGGAGGUGGGUAGCAAGGACAACAAUGAGGUGUUCCUCCCCGUGGACACACCUUCUGGCAACAUCAUGGCGGUGCUCUCCAGGGAGGACCCGUGUCAGGUUAAGUCCAAGCUGUAGACGGUAACAAGGUAUAGCAUUAUAGUAGAAAAUAUGUGUAGGUAAAGUGACGACAAGUUUCGGCCUUAGUUGUAACUGAAGUUGCAGCGGAGUUAUUGGCGAAAGAAAAUCAAGUACCAGUUGUGGACAGUGAAGAAAGAUUCUAUUUGAAAUUAUAGAUUAGUUGUAAAUAGCAAAGAGAGACGUUAGAAAAUCCAGCCAAGUUUGUAGGGAAGGUGCACACAAGAGAUAAGACUGCGAUAUGAUGUAGACUUCGAAAUACCUAAUUCAUCCUACCUCAAAGUCAAGUAACGACUGUCUUGACUGUGGGUAACAGGAAGAGUCAUGGUGGAGUAAGAGACAAACAGACACACUUGACAGCAACAAGUGAAUGUUAGCGGAGACUGAGAACUGUAGUUGAGACUAUAUCUAAGAUUGGAAUCAACAGUACUGUAGUGUACAAAGUGUGUGACGGUGCAGUUGAACGGAAAUGUCUCUUACCCGUUAAAAGAAAACCAGGAUAUCCAUAUCUGUAAACGGAAAUCUAGUCAUCGCAGAGAACAACGGGGAUUCUUAUACAGUUGAACGGGAAUGUUGUUUACCCGUUAUUAGAAUCGUAAACAGUAAAAUAUCUGUGGGUCAUAAAGGUUACAUUAAUUUAGGAAUUAUCAAUUUCUUUGGAAUAACACAUUUUAUCGACUACCAGAGACUAUUUAGACUUAUAUAUUAACGUAAUAAAUCUUUAACAUA